UGACUGACGAAUCGCUGCUCAUGUCAAAACAAUUCACAUUCGGAAUGGCGUUUGGAUUUUAAUCGUCCACAGCACACAAACAAACAAUUGUAAUUUCGGUUUUACCCAAUUCGACAUAAAUUUUAUUGUUUUCCUUUCGCAUCAGCAGCAGGAAGCUGCUGCUGCAUAAAUCGUGCAUUUGCUUUUGUUACUAAACACUACCCACAUUUUGUACCAAGUUGGCAGUGAUUUUGUGCCCAAACGAACGCCUGAAAGUGUCCCAACAUGAGCGAAGACGAGAGAACGCUUUGGUGUGGAAAUUUAAGCGAAAAUGUUACAGAAGAGCUGCUGUACGAACUGUUUCUUCAGGCCGGUCCGCUGGAAAACGUAAAAAUUCCCCGGGAUGGCAAUGGACGCCAGCGAAGUUAUGCCUUCAUAACGUACACCCAUGCCUGCAGUGUGGAGUACGCGAUCGGCAUAUUCCAGGGCACAUCGCUGCUACAACGCCAUUUAUCGCUGGACAGAAAAACGCGUAACGGGCCGACCGCUGUACCGACGCCGCAAAUCAAUUUCAACUAUCCUUCGGGCGCCGAUAGCAACAACAGCUCCGCCGCAGCCAACCCAUAUCCCGACGAUCCACCACCCCAUCCGGUUCAGCAGCAAAACACGAUGGAUGGUGGUGGCAAUGAUCUCCCAUCGCCGGAUAACAACCUGGCCAGCCUUUAUGCAACACAGAGUCAAAACGAGUUGCUGUCUGCGAUGACGAUGGCACUCGUGGGCGGCCAGUCGACCGUCGAGUUUACGCCGGAGCUGUUGGCACAGCUGGGCCAGCAAAUGCUUGGGGCCGACUUUCCCCCGUUUGACGAUGGCAACCAGCAGCAGCAGAGUUCGCUGCGCACGAAAAUGAAGCAAAACAAUCGAAGCAACAAAUAUCACGAACGUCAUCAUAAUAAACCGUACUCACGAAACGAUCGCUACGGCCAUAACCAUGAUCGCGGCGAUUCGCAUCAACAGAGCCGUCAAAGAUACGAUAGCAAUAGUAAGCGAAAGAGUGGCGAUCAUGAUCGGCACCACGAUCGAAGCGGAAGUCGAAGGCGAAGAUAGUGGUUGAGCCGGAAGGGGCGGUGAAAUAUGGUACAAAAAAUCGUCAUUUUUUCCAGUCAACCCCUUACGUCGAUACGGUGAAUCAAUUAUUGUGAGGACGAUCAUCCAUCGCCGAAAGUGGACACUGAGAUGGUGUUUACGGUUGUAAAUAAGUCGAAUGAUUGUUUACAAAAUUUAAAUUUAAUUUAAACUGUGCAUCUAAUAAACCCGAAUCCAUCUCUUAUCAAAUUGUAAGCACGUUUUUGUUGUGCGCGCGAAUGGUGGGUGUGUGUGAAAGUGUAACAUAAGCCCGCUCGAUCCAUGCUGCUGUAUGACACGGUUUAUAUUUCCUUUAUUCUUCCUCAAAUACCUAUUAAAUACAAUUCUAUUGAGCUUUACAAAUAUA